AGGCGGCGCUGCGGCGCUUCCACUACGCAGUGCGCGGGUACGCGGAGGAGAUGUCGGCAGGGAGGACCCAGAUAUAUUAUUGACGUUAUUCCAGGCUGUGCGCAAGAGACACUUCUCAUCAGACCUGCAGUCAACUAUAGAGCAAAGAAUGGGAAGGAGUAUACGUGGUGUUUUUAACGCUGAAAGCCUGGUUGUCUCCACCGAACACCGACUCUUGCUUUUCAGCGGUAUAUUCAGGAGGGACUAGCUCCAGGAAAGCAGGAAAGCAAGCAAGCGAGCGAGCGAGCAAGCAAGCAAGCAAGCAAGCUAGCAGUACAGGCUAGCUUGCUAUCAAAACUGCUGCCUUUAUUGUGGCCCGCAACGAAACUCCCAGCUAGCAUCCGUCGCAUGCACAGAAAGAGAAAAUGGUGUACCUGUUGAAUCCUAUAGAGAACCUGAGAAGCUACAUCAACAACCGUCCACCACUGGUCAUUUUUAUGAUCAGUGUCAGUGCAGUGGCCAUCGCCUUCCUGACCAUCGGUUAUUUCUUCAAAAUUAAAGAGAUUAAGUCUCCAGAGUUGACAGAGGACUGGAACACCUUUCUGCUGCGCUUCAAUGAGCUGGACUUUUGUGUGUCAGAGAAUGAAACGAUAAAGCACGGCCUGAACGAGUCGACCACGCCAGAGAGCAUGGUUGUGACUAGCGGCCAGGCUCGUUCCAGCACACAGGCUCCCCUCCUGCUAGAGGAUUCGGGCACCAUCAACAUCUCAGUCCCCAUCACCCUCACGCUGGACCCCCAGCGCCCGUUUGGAGGGUACUCCCGUAAUAUCACCCAUCUGUAUGCCACAGUGCUGGGCCAGCAAGUGGGUCUGUCUGGACGGGAAGCCCAUGAAGAAAUAAACAUCACUUUCACCCUGCCCGUAUCCUGGAACUCAGACGAUUGUGUGCUGCACGGACACUGCGAGCAGGUGGUGUUCAGCACUUGCAUGACCAUCACAGCGGCCAGCAAUAUCUUCCCAGUCACAGUGCAGCCGCCACACUGCGUGCCGGAGACAUACACCAAUGCUACAUCUUGGUACAAGGUGUUCACCACAGUCCGCGACUCAGAUACCAAGUACAGUCAGGACUACAACCCCUUCUGGUGUUACAAAGGAGCCAUCGGCAAGGUGUACCACGCCCUCAACCCAAAGCUUACUGUCAUUGUUCCAGAUGACGACCGUUCCCUCAUCAACCUGCACCUGAUGCACACUAGCUACUUCCUGUUUGUCAUGGUCAUCACUAUGUUCUGCUAUGCAGUCAUCAAGGGGCGGCCUGGCAAAGUGCGACAAACCAACCCUGACUUCUGCCCUGAGAAGGUACAACAGACACCAGCAGUGCUAUAUGACGUGAACAGGUGGCGCUGUCAGAGAGUUAAAAAGGCAUCGGAGAGCUAUGUCAGAACUUACCUGUAACAUGGACAAACUCAAAGAAACAGAAGAAAUAAAAAUAAACAUACCAGUUGCCUAGUGAACCCUGGAAAUACAAUAAGGGACACAAAAGCUCUGUGAAUGCAUUACUCUUGCAAUGUUGGGUUUCUCCAACCAAAGAUAUACAAGUGCCUGUAUCUGUGGUGUAAAUAUUUGUAGGAAUUCUGAUAUUCUGUGCAAAACCUUUUUAUUUUGGUUUUAUUAUUAUUAUUAUUAUUUUUGCCUGAAUCCCCUUGUGCCAUGUCAGAACAUGCAGUACGUAAACAAAGCAAGAGGCCAGACUCAAGAAAUACAUUGCCAUUUUUCUAGCCGUUAUUUAGUCUCAUUUUAUCAAGCAAGAUGGGGGGGGGGUAUUUUCAAACCCCAGAGAGGGUGGGUUAUACACAACAUAUAUUAUAGAUUUCAGAUAUGAGUUUCCGCUGUAAAUGUUUGUUUGAGGUGGUUUUGAGAUAUCUAUAAAGUAUUUUUAUCUCCCAUGAUGAGGGAGCAUGAUGUUUAGUCACUUGAAAUAUGUUUAAGUGCACUAAAUAUGCUUGGACACCGGGGUUGAGAUAUUUGCUGGAGGACGAGAUGCUUGUGAAACAGUUGUAAUUAAAUCUUCAGUAUGCACUUGGCAUUGCAGCUUCAUCAGGGAAGAGAAUGAAUGUAGCGUGUUUGUCUGCACCAAACUCAGACUCACACAGAGUCUGAUCAGAAUUUGGACAUUUCAUAAAACCCAUUCAAAAGUAGCUUUGCAUAAUUAGUUUUUUAUUUAAUUGAACUCUGAAUGGUAAUCUCUCUCUACCAAAUUAAAUAUCCAUUUUCCCCUGUGUGUCUGCAGUGUCAAUAAACUUGGAGUAAAGUACUUAGAUAAAUGCACUGUGCACAUUAAUAUACAGUAUGAACAGACUACAACAUCAACAACAGAAACAUGAAUGAGUCCCAUUGUAAUAGCAGUUAAAUAAGAUGCAGAACCUGUGGUUUGUGUUGAAAACUGUUGUUGUUUUUUAUUUUGAGACAAGUGGAAAAGUGUCCCACCUAAAAUAUAUAAUUUUUUGCCUUUUGUUUUUCUCUCCUCUGUGGCUUCAUCACUCACCUGCCUCUUUUCUUUCAUUGGCUGCCAGUCGCUCUUCAGCAGUUUUGUUGUUUUGGCUCCUACACUUAUGUGAUGUUCUUCUUUGUUGCACCUGGAUGAAGCAAAACAUUAUCUUGCCUUACCCGCAGUAGCACAUGAUUGACUUGCUUGCUUAAAAAUAGGCAGGGGAGAUCAUUUUCUCUCUUUCCAACAUUAACCUGUCAAUCCCUUCGUCCACAGCCACCUCUCUCUCUCUUUGUUCUAUUCCGGUAACAUGAGUCGUGAUCUUUGUCCUAUUAAUUUAAAUGUCAAGUGGCCCUUGAGUUAUUGUAUUUUAGGAUGCUUUUCAAUUACUUGUGCUUUUAUUUUAAGCAAAUCAAAACCAGUUGCACGUGUUCAAGUGUUUGCAUAGUUGGUUCACCUUAAGAUUUCUUGCACAUUUUGUGUUAUGUGGUCCCGGGGAGAAGUUUUUAUUUUUAUUUUUUUAUUUCUUUGGUCCAAGAUCACAUGUUAACUGUUUGAUCUGACACAUUCGACUCCUCCUAAAAAUAAAUAUAAUUAUAAAUUAACACAUUAUAUUUAAAUAAUUAAUAUAUUUAUGAUUAGAUAAUUUAAGUUUUAUUAUUUUGUAGUACAACAAAAUGUGCAGAAACUCACUUGGUGUGUGAAUGUGUGUGCGAGUGAGUUCGGAAAAAUGUUAGAUAAAUAAAGGCGGCUUUAGACUGUGAUUCCCGGAAAGCUCGUUCCAAGCGACUAAGCGACCGGAUGCCUGAAAGAGUGAUGGGACUUCUUCAGUGCACAAGUCUAUAUUGACUUGACUGGGCGCAGAAAUAAAACAAGCUCAGCUCCCUUGACAUGCACAGAGAAAAUUUUGCACAUUUUUAUGAGUUGUCGUGACUGUGGUGUGCUGAAAAUCUAAACUGUAGCUUUAAGGAUGAAAUUUUCGCAUUUUGAGAGCAUGGCAGACUUUGACAAUCACUUAUUCUAAAUGUACUGCAACACAUUGGAUUUGCAAUAAAGGGAAAACAAAAUAGUAGUCUAAUUAGAUCAGGUUAAGAUUGUUAAUGUUAAAAUCCCGGGUCACCAACCCUCUGUCCACUGUGGUGUUUUGACACAAAUGUAAAAUCUAUUAAAUUUGUCCGAGCUCAUCUAAAAACAGUCUUUGCCCAGAGAAGAUGCAGAGAAGAUGCAGUAUCAAGUCCAAACCCACCUACAGUCUUAAAGGAAAACAAGAGAGUAACAACAAUCUAAGUCCGCCUUUAAUAUAUGUUAUGUAUGGCUUUUUUCAAUAGCAGUUACUGAUAGAUUUUACUUACCUCUGUGUUAUAAUUUCGUUCCAUAAUUGAUGUACCUGUUGAAUGUACUUUUUGAUAAGAAGCAUAAUCUAAAUCUGAGAUGCAAGAAUUCCAAGUGAUUUUUUGUUUUUGUUUUUCUCUUUUCUGUUUAAAAAGGCUUUACUUGAAUUGUGUUUUGGUUCGAGUGGUAUUCAUAUAAGGUGUAUCUUCUUGUGGCAGAAAUGAAUCUCUUGUCACGUUAUUGUAUCAGACAGUUUGUACAUUUAUUGUUUGAUUUUCAUGUGCGUGUACGUGGGGGAGUGAAAGGUGUUAGGUUUUGGUCCUAAUGGUUGUGAUACCGUCUUCUCUCCACGUUGAAUGACGCUAGGACAAGUCUUCCUGAUUCCGAUGUGUGUCCUAUUUGAGCAUGCAUCUGUUGCUUUCACGCUCAUCGCUGUCUCCUUGCGCGCUCACGAUCGGGCUCUUUCGAAAGAAUCCGGCAGGUCUCACUGGGCGGUUGGAGAUUUUCGGUUGUUCGAUGGGAAGCGGGUGGGGUUCGGCGGGGUGUACGUGAGCGAAGGGAAGUUGAAGAUGUGAGUGAAGCAUGCCACAUUAUUGCCAAAUUGUCAUAAUUAAUGUCGAUGACAUGCAUUUACUUGCGUCUUAUCCCUCUUUCUGUGAUCUACUAUUUUUAUCAUCUUUGGUUAGAAUUGCAUCUCUGAUUGCAAAAUGCCUUAACAUUGUCCAGUUUCAUUUGCGUUUCCUUUGUGUGUUGUUAUAUAUCACGUAUUGCAAAACGCACCGGCUUUCCAGAACAAAUUCAAACACACACUACUCAUCACCUCUGAGCUACACGAAGCUCGAAUGACCACGCUUGCUGUUGUAGUUUUGAAUCUACUCCACCAUAUCACCGAGGACUGGAGGGAAAACGGUGGAGGGAUGUUUUUCUCUAAAGUUCCGACAUCUCACAGCAAUCUUGGCUCUACAUUAUGUUAUCCUUUCUGUAAUAUUAGGAGCGCUUACAGGCUAGUAUUAAGCCAACUCUGUGCCUUCUGCACUAUCGAGCUGCAUCCCGCUCCCUGUACAUACAGUAGAUAGGACCUUAGGUUUAAUGUGGCUAGGAUGUCAUUCAAAUCCUUUUUCCUCUCCAGUGGAACUGCUGUAAAUGAAGUUUAAAUAAACUGUCUCUAAAGAUCAACAUCA